CUAGUGUAAUUAAAAAGAAAAAGAAAGAUAAAAGUUGAGAUUAGCACACAAUCUCUCGAGAUCUCCCAUUAAUGGUGGGUUUGGGUGGAAGGUUUACGCAAUCCAUUAUAGCAAUCCAAAGAUUCUCUUUUUCUCCAACUCCACUUUCCCUUUGCUUCCGUUUCCUUUCUCUGUCUUCUACUCAUUAAUCAAAUAUCCGUUUCGUUCCUUCCUCUCCCAAACAACUUCAUUUUCUCUCUUCUUUUGUGGAAAUCCCAAAAUUAUUGACACGAAUUUGGAUCUAUCUUUGUUAUAAAAAUCUUUCCUUUAUACAUAUUUAUAACAACUUCCAAUUUAUUUCCCUUUAUAUUCCUUCUUCUGCGAAAUACCAUGGGAAACAUCGGAAGUAGCGGUUCACAUGGCUGGCGUAGGAACGGCAGUCGGCGAAACCACCCUCCGCCGCCGCCGCAACCGCCUACUCCAUCUCAACCUCAACCUGAAAUCACUGCCAAUCGCUACGUCUUUGCUGCCGCCACGCCUUACCCGCCCCAGUACCCCAACACGAACCCACCCCAAUACUAUCAGUAUCCAGGCUACUACCAGCCUCAGCCGCCGGUUCCCUUGCCACUUCCGGCGCCUUACGAUCAUCACCAUCGAGGCGGUCCUCACAUGGAACCCGCCAAUUGGGGUAGGUAUCCUUAUGUACCGAUGGUGCCGCCGCCUCCAGUGCCGUAUAUUGAGCAUCAAAAGGCGGUUACUAUAAGGAAUGACGUUAACUUGAAGAAGGAAACUUUGAAAUUGGUGCCUGAUGAGGAGAAUGCUGGGAAGUUUUUGGUUUCUUUUACUUUUGAUGCUACUGUUGCUGGAAGAAUGGCUGUUAUUUUCUUCGCAAAAGAAGGUGAGGACUGCAAUCUAACACCAAUGAAGGAAAGUAUUCUACCCCCAGUAACUGUGCCUUUCGAACUAGGUCUAGGACAGAAGUUCAGACAACCCUCUGGUACAGGGAUUGAUUUCUCUAUGUUUGAGGAGUCAGAAUUACUGAAAGUGGAUGAUGCCAGUAUCUAUCAUCUGGCAGUGAAAGCAGAGGCAUUGCCUGUCAACCAGAGUGAACCAGAUGGAAAUCAAGUGACGGGAGCCAUGAAUUCUCAGAUAACUCAGGCAGUGUUUGAGAAGGAGAAGGGCGAAUACCACGCUAGAGUAGUGAAACAGAUUCUAUGGGUGAAUGGUAUGAGGUAUGAGCUACAAGAGAUUUAUGGAAUUGGAAAUUCAGUUGAUAACGGGGUCGAUGCAAAUGAUCUUGGAAAAGAAUGCGUCAUUUGCCUUUCGGAACCUCGGGACACAACCGUUCUUCCCUGUAGGCACAUGUGCAUGUGCAGCUCUUGCGCAAAGGUUUUGAGAUGCCAGACUAAUCGCUGCCCAAUAUGUAGGCAACCUGUUGAGAGGCUUUUGGAGAUAAAGGUCAACAAUGUCCCUGAUGAAUGAGAUGACUAUGUUUCUUCAAAUAUCUUCCUGUAUAGUACCUUGUUGCCUUUCUUUUGACUUUUACCCCCUUCUUUUUCACUUUUUCAUUGCCUCUCUCUCACUAUAUGUUUGGCCUUUCUAAUAAUCAAACAGGAAGUUAUAAGAAUUAUGCUGCUAUAUAGAAUGAAUGAAUUGAUGGAAUUUUCACCCAA